UGACUGGAUAACAAACGACAACACACUAUCUUUGGAUUUUCGUCACAUUGCCACUUCAGGUGCUGACAUGAAGGUUCAAGAUAUGUCCAGAUGGGAACACUCUAGCCUCGUAAUUUUUCAUAAACUGAACAACGUCAGAUCGAGUACGACGAGAAGAAGUGGUCAAACUAUGCAGGAAGCUCGAGAAGCAGUUGCAAGAUAUGCAACGACGUUAGCCAAUCUAUCAACUCAGAUUGAAGCAGCCUUGACUCGUGCAGAGCCGUUGAUAGUGACACGAACAACAAAUGAACUCAACGAAGAAGCUCUAAAGAUUCUAGAAAUUGAACGGGAUGCGCUCGCCUGCGCAUGGGCUCUGUUAAAGCAAGACCUGUCGGCGAAAGGCAUCGAUAAUAACAUUAUGGGGCCAGCCCCAACAACUUUCGAGUCCGUGAUCAGCACCGCAGAGGACGCUCAAACAACCAUGAACAAUCGAAAGCGCCCAGGAGGCGGGAAAGCACGAGACUACUAUAAUAAGUUUUGCCACAAGGCGUACCAGCAUCGGAGCGUCUUUGACAUUUUUCCAAAUACGAACGAAUACGUCUCAGUCUUUUGCGGGAGUAUCAAAACACUUGUUAAGGCGUCUGUGAAUUAUAUUCAAAUCUCGGAAGGCUUGUCAAGCGCCCUCAACGAAAUCACAGAGCUUGUGGAUUUCGCAAAACGACAAGUGGGUGUCAACACAACGCAAUACACAACGUUAGCACUUGCAAAGUUGUACAAAGAGAUUUUUCUAUACUUGAAGGAAUACACUGAGUGGUUUACUAAGACAAGUAAGGCGAGAGAUCUGCGAUCCUUCAUCGAGGACUUCUACGCAAUCUUUUCGGACCGCAUGGAAUGCAUUAGGAGCAUUGCUAAUACCGUGUAUCAGGAGGUGAUGCUCGGGAGUAUGCAGAUGAUUCAAACUAAGCUCGCGCCAACGGAUGACCUGGAACAGCAGCGACGGAGAGACUCGGAGUAUAUGAAGACACUUCUUCGAGUGGAACGUCAGCAGAUGACGCAAGCGGCUACCCAACAGAAAAUAUUACAAAAGUUCGAAACGCUUUUAUUGCAGAUUCUCGAUCGUGAAUCCGGAUUACGUGCGAGAGGGAUGCUAGAGGAUAUUGUUCACACGGAUCAAUGGCAACGACGUGCGCGAGUGGGUAGAAUUGAAUCUCCUUACUACAGUUCGGUAGCUCCUUCAGGAAACGAUACGGAAACUGCUCUGUCACUACCAUCACAAGACUACACUGCAGGUAUUUCUACCGCAGCAUCAGAAUCAAGCCUCCACCGAGACGAAAUCGUAGACUCUUCCAAGUGUCUAGAGAGAUUUAUACUGGGGAACUCGGUCGAUUUCUUGAACAUUCUCCCACCCGCGCGUUUCGCCUCUGCACCUGUGGCAACCAAAUUGCGUGAAUGGUUCGCAGGGCGGAAAUCCCCUUUCUUAUGGGUUCGAGGUCCAUCGGCUGGUCGUCACUCAUUAGAGUUAUCCUCCUUGUCUGGUUCUCUGAUCCGCGCGGCGCUGGAGUCAAAAGCUCCUAUAAUCUUUCACUUUUGCGAGCCCAUUAGACAGGUCGAUCUGGAACCAGGAUUCGGUGUGGAAGAAGCUGGUGCUAUAUCCUUGGCAUACUCUCUAAUCCGUCAACUAAUUCUUCUACUCGAGCCAGAAGUCGAUGUCCGCAUUGAUUUGAGCGCUGCUAGGUUUCGCUUGCUCGAAUCACCACUUAUUAAUUGGAAAUUCGCCAUUUCCAUUCUUGAAGAUCUCCUGAGUCUCUCACCGGGAGUUCUACUCUGUGUGAUCGACGGUUUUGACGAGUUGGACUACGACCUCGGACAGUCGCUUUGCAGAGAUCUUCUAACUUUGUUCAGGCGCAGGGAGCAGGAAUCUACACAGAAAGGUCUCGUUUUCAAAAUGCUGUUCACGACAAGAAACUUUGCAGAGUCCCUGCAUGCCGGACUAACCAUUGAUGAAGUCGUUAUCGAUACGGAAUGGAAGCAUCCGAAUCACAGCAGCCAGGGGCCUGGGAGAAAGUUCAUAUUUGACGGUGAUGAAGGAAGCUCUGGUGGUUAUGCAUGACAAACAAACUGAGCUAAAGAAUGUUUGAUUAUACCUUUGAUAGACCCUUUAAUCACUUCACUUGGCGUUAUCGGAGGACUUAUACACAUGAUCA